GAGGAGCGUUCAUGUGAUGCUAUGACUAUGAAGUGAACAAAGUGAAGACAUCAUUUCACCAACUGUUAGGAUGGAGGACACAUCUCUACUGCAGCUACUCUUUCUGACCUCACUGCUGAGCAGCACAACAAACCAAGUCUCUCUGACUGUGAGUCCCAGCAGCUCUCAGAUGUUUGAAGGACAGUCUGUCUCUCUGAGCUGUGAGGAGGACGACAGCUCUGCUGGAUGGACUCUGAGGAGGAACACAACCAGAAAAACCAGGACUCAGUGUGGAGAUGACUGGGGAAGACCUGCUGGUUCUUCCUGUAACAUCAGCUACAUGGCCCCAUGGUACAGUGGAGUUUACUGGUGUGAGUCCAGAGAGGGAGCAACCAGUAACAGCAUCACCAUCACUGUCACUGGUGGACCAGUGAUCCUGCAGAGUCCUGUCCUCCCUGUGAUGGAGGGAGAAGACCUCACUCUGACCUGUAAAACAAAGACGUCCUCCAACCUCCCAGCUGGUUUCUAUAAAGAUGGCUCCUUCAUCAGGACUGAGCCUGCAGGUCACAUGACCAUCCACCAUGUUUCCAGGUCUGAUGAAGGCCUCUACAAGUGCAACAUCAGCAGUGUUGGAGAGUCUCCAUCCAGCUGGGUCUCUGUCACAGGUGAGGAGGUUACCUUUGAUUUCAGGAGUUCAUUCAUCCAGAUAUUCACCUGACAGCUGAUUCUCUCUACAGAGAAACCUACAACUACAGACCCACCAACCUCUGCAGCUCCACCCCUGACCUCAGACCCCUCCCCCUUGUGGUUAUACUGUUUUGCCACCUGGUGGUGUUCUGUCCGUACUGCAUCUCCACUUUCAUCAUGGUGUCUUUAUAUUGACACAGGCUGACAGGAAAUGGCCUACCUGUCGCCAUGGUGAUGACCUCGCCCACCUCGGAUGAUGAAUAUGAUGAUGUCAUCACCACUGUCACCACAGAGCAUUACUUCUGAACUGAUCUGAAAAGAAGAUGAAAUCUCCGUAGAUCCCCCGGCUGUCUUGAUAUAAUUAUGCUUUAAACAAUAUGAAAUCAUUGCUUUAAAGGGAUACGCCACCGUUUGUUGAAAUAGGGCUUAUCACGGUCUCCCCUAGCUGUAGAUAGGUGGGCCGACACAUUUUUUGUGGAUGCA